AUGGUGUCUGCUAGGCUUCAGUUACUGGGCACUGCCCUGGCCAUCAUAGGAUGGAUCGGUGUCAUUGUGGUCUGUGCUCUUCCCAUGUGGAAAGUCACAGCUUUCAUUGGUCAUGUCAUCAUCACGGCGCAGACUUCAUGGGAAGGAAUCUGGAUGAAUUGCGUUGUGCAGAGCACAGGACAGAUGCAGUGUAAAGUCUACGACUCCUUGCUGGCCCUCUCCUCAGACCUUCAGGCCGCCCGUGCCCUCACCAUCAUUUCCAUCGUGAUUGGGAUCCUGGGCAUCAUGCUGGCCAUGGCUGGAGGUAAAUGUACCAAUUGCGUUGAGGACGAGAGCGCCAAAUCUAAGAUCGGUAUCACUGCCGGUGUGAUAUUCAUCAUUUCUGGAGUGCUGUGUCUGAUCCCGGUGUGUUGGACGGCUAACGUCAUCAUCCGGGACUUCUACAACCCCUUGGUCCACCAAGCACAGAAGAGAGAACUGGGAGCAGCUCUUUACAUUGGCUGGGCAGCUGCUGCUCUGUUGAUCAUCGGGGGCGGUUUGCUCUGCUGCAACUGUCCACCAAAGGAAGAAGCGGGAAAAUACACAGCCAAUUAUAACGCUGCACCUCGAUCUGUAGCUUCUGCACCAUCUGGCAAGAACUAUGUGUAA